AACAACAAUAUAAAUGGAACAGUGUGUGGAGGGUCUUUGUUUUUCUGUACAUUUAUCUCACUUGUAAUUGUGGAUUGUUACAUAUUCUAAGGAUGAGCAAGUGGACGAUUGUUUGGUUUUAAACAAGAAUUGAGUGUUGAUCCUUAUUUUCGUUGGUGCGUGACUCAAAUAAGCAUGACUGAGAAAAAUUUCCACGAUGAAGUCUGCGACACGACAAAUUGCAAACAGAAGGAUGUCACAGAAAAAACGGAACGCAAAACAGACAGUUUUGGAAUACUAUGGUUUCCGACCUUAUAUUUGGUCACAUUGCACAUUAUCGGGCUUUAUGGUUUAGUCACGUUCAAUUAUUUUGAAAACCUGAAAACGACUUUAUGGAUACUGAUUAUGCACAAUCUGGGGUGUAUCGGCGUGACUGCUGGUGCCCACAGAUUGUGGUCUCAUCGAUCGUAUAGAGCCAAUCUGCCGCUUAGAAUUAUCCUCGCUGUCAUUUACAGUUCGGCUGCUCAGGUAUCUGUCUUCUCCUGGGUGCGGAUUCAUCGAAUGCAUCACAAAUAUGUCGACACCGACCUGGAUCCGCACAACAGUCGACGUGGUUUCUUCUACUGUCACAUAGGUUGGAGUAUGAAGAGGUUCAGUCGCGAGAUCGUUAAGGAGCUACGCGAAAUCGACAUGAGGGAAACCAUGGAAGAUCCGGUUGUUGUUUUUCAAAAAAAAUACGUGUGGAUAAUGACACCGAUAUUCACUUUUAUCCUGCCUACGCUUGUACCGGUGUACUUCUGGAACGAGACUUGGAGCAGAGCGUUCGUCUCGCAAACAAUACGAGCGUUAUUCGUGCUGCACGCGAUGUUUUCUAUAAACAGCGUUGCCCACAUGUGGGGCGCCAGGCCGUACAACAAGAACAUAUGGCCCACGGAAAAUAUGGGCGUGAGUCUGUUCAUGGCAGGUGAGGGCUUUCACAAUUAUCACCAUGUGUUUCCUUGGGAUUAUCAAGCGUCCGAGUUCAGUUGGUACGUUCUGAACUACUCGGCGCUCUUCAUUGACGCGUUCGCGAAGAUUGGAUGGGCCUACAAUCUCAAAAAGCCGUCCCCCGAACUUGUUAAGGAAGUCACGAUUAACAAAGGCGACGGUUCCCAUACGCAAUGGAACGAAGUUCCACCGAUAGACGAUUAAAUGCGUUUUCAAAGUCAGUACAAAACAAAAUACUUUAUCAGUAUUAACACCAGAAAAACACCACAUUAGUGCGAAUUUGCUACCAGUAAAAAAUGUUUAAAUUAAAAUUAAAAUUAAUUUUAACAAGCUUGUUCAGAUUGAAGCAGCUUUAACAAUUUCUUUCUACUACGACAAAAUACGUACACUAUUUAUAGUAUUACGUGGGAAAUUUUCGAAUCAAAUUUUCGAAUUAACAUCACGCACCGGUACUCUCGGUGAGAGCUGGAAUCUCUCCUUAUGCGGGAACGUCCUGGCCAGACCUUCCCGCAACUGAUCGGGAGAAGAACUUGUUCGCGCAUAUAUAUAAAAUCACGCGAAGCAAAAAAGAAUUUAUUACCUCACGAUAUUUUAUAUUACAAAAUCGCGAUAGCAAAUCAACUGCCCACACGCACGAUAAAGUGUAGGUCAGAAUUGUGCCUGCGCAAGAAGUCAAGGCUGCGACUCAGUCGGCACCGAUCGGCUGAUUUUCUUGCGCAAACGCACCUUCAUUGUGCUAGUUACCGCUAUCCCGGGAAGACGACAAGACUAAACUGAUUUUGGUCUUGACAACUGAACUGAUUUUGACGAUUUCGAAAAGUUCGAAAAGUUCAACAAAUCGGAGACGAGUGUCUUCUUUCUGCCAUUUCGGAUUGUAAUAAUUUUUCGCGUUAUAUUUGCGUCUCGCAACGGGAGUUCGAAUUGCGAAGCACCUUACAGAGUUACCUCACAGCUGUGAACGCGUCUCGCUUCCUCAAACGGCGAAUCGGUCAGUUACUAUUGUCAGUGUUCCGUUUGAUAAUUGUUUGAUCAUUGAGUGUCGACAUAUGGCACGCAUGUCCGAAAUACAUCUAUGAGACAUCCAGAAAAUGUCUUAUGUCUCUAAAACAUUAUCGGGAUCUCCCACAGAUGUAUUUCGGAUAUGCUAUGCUGUCUGGGUCAUUUGCAAAAAGACAGACGGGGGAUAUGUUAUCGCGAAUGUAUAUUCUUCGUUCUCGCGAGCUUUGAAAUUCGCGUCCGUGUUCAUGUGUUCCGAGAUGAUCUCUUGUCUAGAGAAUCUCAAAAUAUACAUUGUUACAUCUGCUGUGAUUUGUUCUCACUUUAUUAUAUUAUUCCGUUUCACGAAUCCCUACCGUUAAAUAAUUUAUUUAAAUAGCAAAAGUAUUUGUUGUAGUCGUUAUCGUUUCAUGUCUCUAUCGCGUCCAAAAUGGUGAUUCUGGUGAUACGUUCUACACAUCUAGCGUCUAAUUAUAAUUAUAAAAUUAAAAACAUUAUCGCGAUAGAUCGGGACGUGUCAAAGUUAUUAUUAGACGUUAAUUACCGUUCUAUUAUAAAGAGAACCUUAAAUUGUAAAAAAAAUGACUUAAAGAGAUUUGAAUAGUAAAAGAAAGAUUUGAAUUUAUAAAUAAUUAUAA